AACCCAAAGUCAAAUCCAGGGGCUACGCGAGUUCUAGGCCGGCCAAAGCCUCGCGAGAAUUCGCGUGAUGACGCCAGCGUCUGCAUCAGCGUUACGUCGGCGUCGGCCACGUUCAGCGGAGACGGGAGCAAGAUGGCGAUUCCGGGCAGGCAGUAUGGGCUUAUUUUGCCAAAGAAGGCACAGCAGUUGCACCCUGUUUUGCAAAAACCUUCAGUGUUUGGGAAUGAUUCUGAUGAUGAUGAUGAUGAGACCUCUGUGAGUGAAAGCCUUCAGAGGGAAGCUGCCAAGAAGCAAGCAAUGAAACAGACCAAACUUGAAAUUCAGAAGGCUCUCGCAGAAGAUUCUACUGUAUAUGAAUAUGACAGUAUUUAUGAUGAAAUGCAGAAAAAGAAGGAAGAAAGCAACCCCAAAUUGCUUUUGGGAAAAGACCGAAAGCCCAAGUACAUUCACAACUUACUGAAAGCAGUUGAAAUUAGAAAAAAGGAACAAGAAAAAAGAAUGGAAAAGAAAAUACAGAGAGAACGAGAAAUGGAAAAGGGAGAAUUUGAUGAUAAAGAGGCAUUCGUAACAUCUGCUUAUAAGAAAAAACUGCAAGAGAGAGCUGAAGAGGAAGAAAGGGAAAGAAGAGCUGCUGCACUUGAAGCACGUUUGGAUGUAACCAAGCAGAGAGAUCUCAGUGGAUUUUAUAGGCACCUAUUAAAUCAAGCAGUUGGUGAAGAGGAAGUACCUACAUGCAGCUUUCGUGAAGCCAGGUCUGGGAUAAAAGAAGAGAAAUCAAAAGGAUAUUCUGAUGAAGUAAAUUCAGAGAGCAGAAUACCUCCUGAGAACUGCAUUCGCCAAACUGGUGUGAAAGUAGAGGAAAACCCAGAUGCAGACAGUGACUUUGAUGCUAAGAGCAGUGAGAAUGAUGAAAUGGAGGAAGAUAAAGGGAACUGCAGAAGGGAAAAGGGCACGGAGACCCUAAGCAAUGACUCCAAGCGUCACAGGAAUCCUGCCCGCUCACCGUCAUCUAGUGAGGAAAGAGAACAUGGCACCCAGUGCCACACAAAAAGUUCCAGGUCAAGAGGCCAUGAGAAAAGGGAAGAUGAACACCAAGAGAGACCAGCCAGGGAGCAGGACAGCUACCACACUAACCGUGAUUCUCGAAAAGAAAAAAGGGAUUCCCAUAGGCACAGAGAGUCCAGUCACAGAGAUUCCCACUGCAAGAGGCAUGAAGAAGAGAGACUGAGGGGAAGAGACGAGAGAGAAAGAAAUGACAGAGAAUGGAAAAGGGAGAAAGACAGGGAGAAAUAUCCCUCCAGAGAACAGGAAAGACACAGACAACGAAAUAAUUAUGACCGACACAAUGAGAAAGGAUGCGAGAAGGAAGAGAAAAGCAAAGAAAAGGAAGAGCAUGUGAAAGCAAGAAAAGAAAGGUAUGAAAACAGUGAUAAAUACAGAGAUAGAGAAAAACGAGAAGUCAGUGUUGAAUCUUCAGAAAGAAAUCGAGACAGAAAGGAAAGCAGCCCAAAUUCUAGGGCAAAGGAUAGGUAUGUUAACCAGGAAAGAGCCAGUAAAAUGAGAGACAUGGAAAAGGACAAAGAAAGAAACCCAGAGAAACCCUCUAGUUCUGAAGCAUCAUUGGGAGCAAAACACAGACUCACAGAGGAAUGCCAAGAGACAGGCAAAGAGCAGGAGAGGCCGCACGAGACAGUGAACAAGUUUGCAAAGCGGAGCAAUGAAGAAACUGUAACGUCAGCAAGAGACAGAUACUUGGCCCGGCAAAUGGCAAGGAUUAAUGCAAAGACAUAUAUUGAGAAAGAAGAUGAUUGAUGACUGCCCCACUAGAAAGACCUAUGGAAGCACAGAAAAUUACAGCUCCUGAAACAUGCUGUGUGAACACAUAAAGGAGUGUGUUAAGAGUGGUUGGGAGGGUAUUUUAAAAUAUAUUUUCAAAAUUCAUUUUGAGUUUAGGUUAAGUCAGAAGUCAGUCCUUUUAUCUUGAAUGUUUAACUAAGUUAAUUUGUAAUAUUUACUUAUCAGUAUGACAUUCUUGGUUAUAUUCAAGUAACCUAAAGAGACUGCUAAAUCCUCAUAGGUAAUAUGAGGAAAAUUGGCUCAACUAUGACCAUUAAAAAAUAAUUUAGACAACUCUUCUAUUGUUGAUUUUGUUGCAGGAGCUGUUUAUUUUAUAAAUAUUGUGUUUCAGAUAAUAAUGUGGAUUUGAAUGGAGAAUAUCAUUUUAUGUCCUAAAAUUUGUAUUAAAGUAUAAAAUAUAGAUCAUAGAUCUUGUCUGAGCUUUUUAGCUCACAACAUACCUCUCUUUUAUAAAAAUUGUGAUACAUUUGUACCAUUUAAUUGAUGCUUAUUUAAAAGUGUCACAUUUAAAAUGUCA